AUGGUACAAACCCUCCCAACCGAGUUCUACCAGGACUUCCUCUCAGCCUCUGCGAAGGCACGCAAGCCCAGCCCUAUCCGCGGUCUGUACCCGCUCGAGACGCGCCCGGGCAUGAUCUCCCUGCUCGCAGGCAAGCCGAACGCAGCGACAUUCCCCCUCACGUCCGUGCAGAUCACGGCGCGCUCGCCCACGGACCCGCAGAAGGAGCUCACGACCGACAUCACCGGGGCGGCGCUCGCGGAGGGCCUCCAGUAUGGCCCGACCGCGGGUCUUCCGAGCAUGAUUGAGUGGAUAUAUGGGCUGCAGGAGCGCGAACAUGGGCGUAAGAAGGGGGAGGGGUGGAGGGUGAGCGUUGGUGCGGGGUCGCAGGAUGUGUUGCAUAAGGCGAUCUUUGCGCUCGUGAAUCCGGGUGACGCGGUGUUGGUGGAGUCGCCGGUGUAUGCCGGUAUCUUGCCGACUUUUGAGUCGUUGAACUGCGAAUUCGUCGCGGUCCCGACGGAUUCACAGGGAAUCAACGCUGCAUCCCUCCGGUCAACCCUUGAGGCCUGGCCCGCGUCGAAGCCCAAACCUAAGGUCCUAUACACUGUGCCCUACGGCGGUAACCCGACGGGCAUGACCGCGUCCAAGGAACGCCGCCAAGAAGUAUUGGCCCUCGCACGAGAGCACAACUUCCUCAUCCUUGAGGACGACCCGUACUACUACCUGUACUUCGGCAGCACACCGCGGCCACCAUCAUACUUCUCCCUCGAGCUCGAGCAGCCCGAGGUUGGGCGGGUAAUCCGCUUCGACAGUCUAUCAAAGAUCCUCUCCUCGGGCAUCCGCAUCGGCUUCAUGUGUGGCCCAGAUGCCCUCAUGACCGUCGUCGACAUGCACACCGCAGUAGCGAACCUGCAGACGUCGUCGCUCACGCAGGCUAUCACACACGCGCUCCUCGAGUCGUGGGGAUACGACAACUUCAAGGUGCACACGCUAGCAGUGUCGGAGUUCUACAAGGGCAAGCGUGACGUGUUCGAGCGGUUUAUGAAGCAGUAUCUCGACGGUCUGGCAGAAUGGGACACGCCCGAGGCGGGGAUGUUCUUCUGGUUCAAACUGCUGCUCAACGCACCCGGCAAUGAGAGCGCAGAAGAGCAAGACUCCGAGAGCCUCAUCCGCACGAAGGCGCUGGAGAAGGGCGUCCUGGCGCUGCCCGGCACCGUCUUCCUACCGAACGGGGAAAAGACCGCAUAUGUUCGCGCCGCGUUCAGCCUACUGGACGAGGCCGACGUCGAAGAGGCCAUCAAGCGGCUGCGAGAAGCCGUGCUCGAGGCACGCGCAUAA